AAAAUGGGAAGAGUUCCUUGCUGUGAAAAGGUUGGACUCAAGAAGGGUCCAUGGACUCCUGAAGAAGACCUCAAGCUUAUCAACUACAUUCAGAUUCAUGGACCAGGCAAUUGGCGAGCCCUCCCUAAGAAUGCUGGUUUACAAAGGUGUGGCAAGAGUUGCCGCCUUCGAUGGACAAAUUACCUGAGACCCGAUAUAAAGAGAGGAAGAUUCUCCUUUGAAGAAGAAGAAAUUAUUAUUCAGUUGCACAGUGUCAUGGGAAACAAAUGGUCAGCUAUAGCAGCAAGGUUGCCAGGAAGAACUGACAAUGAAAUAAAGAACUACUGGAACACCCACAUAAGGAAGAGGCUGCUUCGAAUGGGAAUUGACCCAGUUACUCACACCCAACGCCUUGACCUACUUGACAUGUCCUCCAUUCUAAGGUCAAUGAUAGGGAACCAGUCCCUUUUGAAUCUGCAAGGCUUAUUGGGUGCACAAGCUUUGAUGAACCCUGAUUUGUUAAAACUAGCUGCUACUGCCUCUCUUCUAUCGAUCACAAAUGAGAACCCUGAUUUGGCUUCACAGAAUCUACAAGUACAGAACCAAGUUGCACCGCAAGUUGAGUUUAAUCAGUUUCAAAUGCCAACUCACACCCCCAAUGUUGAAGGCUUCUCAUCAAGCAACAUGGCAGCAAACUUGAGCUGUUCAAAUUCUCCACUGAAUUCAACUCCUAAUAAUUCCUAUCUGGGAGAGAACCUGUUCUUGCAACAAAACCAAGUUGAUUUGCUAGAGAAUCCAGCUUUGAACCAUUCUUUAAAUAAUGCAAACCAAAACAUGAGCUAUGACUCGGUUCUACCCACGCCUCUAUCAAGUCCAAACCAGUUGAAUUCAUCAUUAUCCACGCAUGUGCACAGCAACACUGAGGAAGAGAGAGAUAGCUAUUGCAGUGACUUAUUCAAGUUCGAAAUUCCAGAGAGUUUGGAGAUUAGUGACUUCUUUGUUCUGUCUCACUAA